GAAGAAGAAGAAGAUUUGAGGAGGCAUUUGAAUUACCUAAAAAGCUUGGAUGGAGGAAGAUGAAGGUGCGAAGCUAAGCAUUUACAAGGCGGUGAGAAGCAUCAAGCGAAGAGACAACAGUGUGUACAACGCACUGAGAUCCAUUUACGAAGACUCCAUCUUCGUCCGGGAAAUCUCUCAGCUAUGGCCACAGCUUCCUCUCCUCGCCAACCUUCGCUGUGGCCUCUGGUAUUCCCCCAACUUCCACUCCAACUGUUACUUCAAAUCCACCGAUGGCCACACCAACAAUUGCUCCUUCAGCACCUCUCGCCUCAAUCUCCACGUUGCCCACCUCGCUGAAGGGAGGCUGCAUCAUCGUUGAUUCCACUCGUAAAGGAAAGCGCUUCCCUGAUAGCAUGUCAAAAACUAUACCCAUUUGGACCUGCGUUUUGAAUCGGGCUAUUAAGGACUUCCAUGAUUCUAAUGGUUGUGAUGAACGUGCUCUUCAUUGGGAUUGCUCUUUGCAUCUCCCCCUUUGGGUUCCCCAAACAGAAAAAGCUUCCAUUGAGGAGCGGUUAGAGGAAUGGACUCGGCAACUGAAAGCAAGUGGGGCUGAUAUUGUUUCGCUUGCUGCAUGCUUGAGGAAGCCCUUGCGCCCUCUCUGGAUUUCACAGAAAACUGUAAUCUGGUUGAAUGAAGUGCCUCACCACGAUUCUUGGGAUUUCACACCCAUCAUUCUUCUGUCUGCAUCUUCAUCAGUUGGUUUAAGCCAACAUAGGACUACCUCUGAAUUUAGCUGGAAUUACAUACCUGGUGCUGGAGAUGACGAAGAAAGCUGGGCCAGGGGUUUAUCCCCUGCCCUUUUCUGGAAACAUGUUUAUGAUCUUAUAAAUUCGGGUCCUGAUAUGUGUAACCAGAAGGUUGCGGAUAUAGUCGAAAGGAGUAGAGUAUCCCGUGCACAUCGAGGAGAAAGUGCACCGCAGAUCACAGUUAAACCCCUCAAGUCAACCUCUCUUUUGCAUGAAGAACCAUCAGUAACUGAUGAUAUUUUAAACAUUAAAAUUGACACUGAAUCUUCAGAAGAUUUUGGAAUAUCUUGGUUGGGUUCAACUAAUUUGGCAGUUGGCACAUCUCAAAUUGCUGCAGAUGCUGCUGAUGUUGAUUGCAUAUUGAAUUGUGAUCGGGAGUCCAUCUCUGUCUGUCUUCCCAGUGCUGAAUCAUAUUUGCAUCUUCCAAUGGUGACUUCAAAGUUCGAUCGAUUUUCUUUAUUAAACAAUCUACCUAAAGCGGUGAGCUUUGCAAAGUUCAAUCUCAGCCAAGGAAAAAGACUUCUAGUUUGCUGUAAUAAUGGGGAAGAUAUUAGUGUAUGUGUUUGUUUAGCGAUCUUGAUCUCAUUAUUUGAUGAAAAAGGUACGUUUGAUGAUGGGAAAUCCUUCAAUGUAACACAAGUCACUAAAUGGGAUAUGAGGAGACGGCUUGUAUAUGUCUGUAAGUUUGCAACAAAUGCCCGACCAUCCAGAGGAAAUUUGAGGCAAGUUUUUAACUUUCUUAUUGGUGGAAAAAGCGUUCAUAGCUUGGACACCGAAAGAGAUGAGUAAUUGGAAUUGGAAUUGCAAAGGCACGAUAAUGAAUAUCUUUGCUCAUUCCUUAAAUUUUGCAAACUUUGUACCCUUAAAUUUUGCAUUGCACGGAUGUAAAGUACCCAAACGAAAUUAACUUAUGAGUAAACCUAUGAUUCUUU